GUGACUGUGGUUUGAAGAACAACCAAUCGAGUGAAGUGACCGCAGAUGACUAUGAACCCCACUUGGAAUGGGUGUGGAAAGACGGAGGCUGGCGGCCGUAAAACCAGGGGAGAGUUCUGUGGGGGACAAGGAACCAGAAGAAAAAAGGAAGGAGGAGGAGAAGAAUAAGGAGGUGAAGGAGAAGAAGAAGGCGGAUAAAGAGAAGAAGAAGGAGGAGGAAAUGCUGAAACAGGAGGAGGAGAGGCUGGAACAGGUGGAGGAAAAUAAAAAUAGUCAUGGGGAGACCAUCAAGGAAGAGCCUAAAGAUAUAGAAACCAGCUUGUCACCUAAAGAGAACCACACUACUUGUCAGGACAAAGAGGGCCAGAAAGAGGACAAAUCCAACGGGCUCCACCAGAGUGACGACCAUAGCGAUCCACCACAGUCUCCUUGCCCUGAGGAAGACUCGAGAGCAUCCAAAAAGAAAAAGAAGGGGGAAGCUGAAGAGGAGGAGAACGAGGUGAGCCCUGAGGGAGAUGGAGAGCAGAACGAGACUGAAGCCGCUAUACCUCCCGCUUCUGAGGGAAAGAAGAAAGAGCGUGACAAGAAGAAUAAGAAGAGGAAAGGGAAGAAAGGGAGCAAGAAGAAGAAGAGAGGGGAUACAGACCAGAGCUGCCCAGAACGUGGCUCUGAGGAGGAUAGUGAGGAGGACAUACCAGGGAGACACUCUGAACCCUCAGCCCAGCACAAAGCCUCAGUCUGGGAUAACAGACAAAAACACACCAGCGAUCACAGCAGUGAAGCCUCCAUUGGACAAACCAACAAUAUCCAGAGGAUGAGACGGGGCUCUCCCCUCAACGAGAACCAGCCUCCCCCGUAUCAGGACGAGGAUAGACCGGUCCGGGUGUCUCUCUCACGGUCGGAGGUAGGGGGCCUGGGGGAGUCGAACCCUGACGGCAAUGGUACAAGGCGCUCCAGCAAGGCCAGCGUUGACCAGGACACUGCGAGUUACCUCAACAAGGGCUAUGAUGAGGAUGUACCUAGUGACAGCACUGCCGUCCUGGGACCAGAGGAUGGUUCACCCUCCCAGCUCCCCGGUGGCUAUGAGCCCGAGCCACUGGCUAAGUACGGCACGCUGGAUGUGGCCUUCGAGUAUGACUCGGGCAAGCAACACCUCGCCGUCACUGUCACUGCGGCAACCGACAUCCCCGUGCUCAAACAGACAGGCAACAUCGCGUGGCAGGUACACCUGGUAUUACUGCCCACUAAGAAGCAGCGGGCCAAGACCGGGGUGCAGAGGGGGCCGUGCCCAGUGUUCACAGAGACCUUCCGCUUCUCCCGGGUGGAGCAGGAGGCACUGGCGGACCACGCCGUCCGCUUCCGCCUCUACAGCAUCAGGAGGAUGAAGAAGGAGAAGGUGUUGGGCGAGAAGGUUUUCUAUUUGACUAAACUCAACCUGCAGGGCAAGAUGGCGCUGCCCGUUACGCUGGAGCCUGGCACUGCACUAAUGGGCUGUGGGUCGUUGGUGAGUGUGUCCCGUAGUGCAGGGGCUCUGUCCUACCGUUCCAACGGGGACUCCACACCAGAAAUUCUACUGGGCCUCAUCUACAACGCCACCACUGGUAGGCUCUCUGCAGAGGUCAUCCAGGGCAGUCACUUCAAAAACACAGCCUCAGACAAACCUCCCAGUGGUCUGUUUUGUUGUAUGAAACAGUUCAUAGGGGGACAACUUUACAUCAUGAGAGACACCUAUGUGAAGCUGACCAUGCUCGACUCCAAGGGCUUGGAGAUGUCCAAGUGCAAGACGUCAGUUUGCCGCGGCCAGCCCAACCCCACUUACAAGGAGACCUUUGUCUUCAAGGUGGCCCUCUUCCAGCUGUCCGAGGUCUCGCUGGUGGUGUCCGUGUACAGCCGGAGGAGCAGCAUGAAGGCCAGGGAGAGGGUGGGUUGGGUGUCCCUGGGGCUCAACAGCACCGGAGAGGAGCAGCAGGCCCACUGGAGCCAGAUGAAGGAGGCCGGGGGACAGCAGGUGUGCCACUGGCACGCGCUCUUGGAAUCUUGAACAUGUCUUAAUGAGAAUCACAAGAUAUCAUCGAUGACAUAGGAGGAGAAUUAUUAUAGGGUAUCUUGAUCUCGGUGUUGAAAGGGGAUAGGUUCCUUGACCUUCCAUCAGAGAUGGAGACGAGGAACCAUCUACCAAUGCUAUGCAUAUGAACCUGGAAUGGGAUGUGUGUGAGGGUGCAGCGCUAUGAGAGGCAGGUGGAUUCCACAUGGAGUCUCUGUUCAUUAAGUGCUGCUUUAAAUACCCUUUAAUAUGUAAAACAGCCACUUGACCUGAGAAAGACAGACUGGUUCUAAGCAAUGACUUCCUGCUCCUGUCGUGAUCAAUGUGGACUGAUCUUUUAAUACAACAGCUGAUAGACCUCAGUUAUGAACUGAUCCUGAAAUAGACGAAACUGCUACUGAAAUGAACACAGCUGGUUCGGAAAUGGACCAUUCAGUCUCAGAUUGAGGCCAAUUUUGUGUCAUUAAUUUCCCAUAUUCUGGUCCAUAAUAAUAUUUUUGCAUGUAAUUGUUUACAGAAGAUGAUCAAAAUACAACCAUACAUAUCUUGUACAAUGGACCAUUUUCAUCCUGAACCGAGGACCAAAGAGUGUGUGGAAGAACAACGACCAAAAUAAGCCAGCCCCCUCACAUUCUUCUGGAGUUGUACUGGCCAUAGAAAUAGAAUUACAAGAAAGGGAAAAGCCCCUCAGACCACUGCAAUUUAAAUGAUACAAUCAUGGAUUCACUCAAUAUGGCCGACAUGGUAAUUCUAUUUUUAAUGGUACUGACUUCAAAUAACACCAGCGUCAGUCAUUUCUCAACUGAUGCUCUUAGCCUUUGGUAACAGGUAUGAUGCAAUGGAAGACUGUUAAAGCCUAUUUUUACACUGUUACAUUAACAUGACAUUAUGCAACAUCCAUUUGACUUUGUAAUUUUUUGUUUAAUAUUUGGGGUUUCUUUUUACAGCUGUUUCAUCUCCCGUUAUAAUACCGUGUAUUUUCGUGUGUGCAUGUGUUCAAGAACACAAAAUACAUCUUCAGUGGCCUUGCAUCAUCCGAAUCACAUUUAGCAUCAUUUGAGAAUAGAAAAACUGUAUUUGUUUUGUGGCUCACUGAAUCAAACAACUCUGUAGCCUAUAUCAUCCUUAUAAAAGACCCAUCACCUUUCAUGCAUUACAUAUUCGAAGGCUUGACCUUUUCCACAUUUUGUGUUACAGCCUGAAUUUCAAAUGGAUUAAAUAGAUUUUUUUUGUCACUGGCCUACACACAAUACCCCAUAAUGUCAGUGGAAAUUGAAAAAAUAUAUAUAAUUAAAAAUGACUGAAAUAUCUUGAGUCAAUAAGUACUCAAUCUCUUUGUUAUGGUAAGCCUAAAUAACUUCAGGAGUAAAUUUGUGCUUAACAAGUUGCAUGUACUCACUGUGUGUGCAAUAAGUGUUAAACAUAUUUUUUGAUUGACUAUCUCCGUACCCCACACAUAAAUAUAAUUGUAAGGUCCCUUGCAAAGAAGAGUACCUUUUUGUAGAUGGGUAAAAAAACUAUAAUUGAAUAUCCCUUUGAGCAUGGUGAAGUUAUUAUUUACACUUUGGAUGGUGUAUCAUUACACCCAGUCACUACAAAGAUACAGGCGUACAUCCUAAUUCAGUUGCCUGAGAGGAAGGAAACAGCUCAGGGAUUUCACAAUGAGACCAAUGGUGACUUUAAAACAGUUACAGAGUUGAAUGGCUGAGGAUGGAUCAACAACAUUGUAGUUACUCCACAAUACUAACCUAAAUGUAGGAGUGAAAAGAAGAAAGCCUGUACAUAUUACAAAUAUUCAAAAACAUGCAUCCUGUUUGCAACAAGGCACUAAAGUAAUACUGCAAAAACUGUUCCAAAGCAAUUAACUUUUUGUCCUGAAUACAAAGCGUUAUGUUUGGGGAAAUUCACUUUACUGAGUACCACUCCAUAUUUUCAAGCACAAUGGUGGCUGCAUCAUGUUAUGGGUAUGCUUGUAAUCAAUAAGGACUGGGGAGUUUUCCAGGAUAAAAACUAAACGGAAUGGAACGAAGCACAGGCAAAAUCCUAGAGGAAAACCUGGUUCAGUCUGCUUCACCAUUCAGCAGGACAAUAACAUAAAACACAAGGCCAAAUAUACACUGGAGUUGCUUACCAAGAAGACGGUGAAUGUUCCUGAGUGGCCAAGUUACAGUUUUGAAUCUACUUGAAAAUCUAUGACAAGACCUGAAAUUGGUUGUCUAGCAAUGAUCAAUAACCAAUUUGACAGAGCUUGAAGAAUUUUUUAAAGAAAAAUGUGCAAACGUUGCACAAUCCUGGUGUGGAAAGCUCUUCGAGAUUUACCCAGAAAGACUCACAGCUGUAAUCGCUGCCAAAGGUUCUUCUACAAAGUAUUGACUUGGGUGUGAAUACUUACGUAAAUUAGAUAUUUCUGUAUUUCAUUUUCAAUAAAUGUACAAAAAUGUCAAAAUA